CGUACUGUUUUGUACAUCCUGUGUGCUUUCUUAAAGUAGAAAUUAUAUCUGACUUACAGUGAUCGUUUGAGGAAGGGCAGCAGAAAUUUUAGAAGCUCAUGUAAUAACUGCCCUAACACACCAGUGUCAGCAUCUGAUUAUGAUUGGUGAUCACCAGCAGCUACAGCCUAGUGCAACUGUUUACGAGUUGUCCACAAAGUUUGGUUUAGGCACGUCCCUUUUUGAACGACUGAUUAAGAAUAAUGUUGCGUAUGAGACACUGGAGUACCAGCAUCGUAUGCGACCAAGUAUUUCACGGUUGCUAGUCCCAUCUAUCUAUCCAAACUUGAAAGAUCACGAAUCGGUUCACGAGUACCCACAUGUUAAAGGUUUGCUGAAGGAUGUCUUUUUCAUCACUCACACACACCAUGAAGACAAGGGUGGCAACGACAACAACACGAAGGCAAAUUCUCACGAGGCUAUGCUGGUCAUGGCACUUUGUCGUCACUUGAUGCUUCAGGGUUAUUCAGAAGAGGACAUAACUGUCCUGACUCCUUACACAGGACAAUUCUUCCUGCUGAAGAAGUUGCAACGACUUUAUGUGGAGUGCAGUGGAGUGAGAAUUAGUGUUGUUGAUAAUUUCCAGGGUGAAGAGAGCAACAUAAUUUUGCUCUCUCUUGUCCGAAGUAAUGAAGAAGGAAAAGUUGGCUUUUUGCGAACUGAGAACCGUAUCUGUGUGGCACUUUCUCGGGCUAAACACGGUCUCUAUAUCACUGGAAACAUGCAACAACUUCAAGAAAACAGUGCUUUAUGGAAAAAGAUUCAAUCAGAUCUUGAGGUUGCUGAGGCUAUUGGUAGUUCACUUGCAAUUAAAUGUGAAAAUCAUCCAGAUGAUAUAAGUUUGGUAUCCUCUGGCGAGGAGAUUUUAUCAAAGCACCCUGAAGGAGGAUGUAGGAAACCUUGUUCUGGCUUGCUGCCAAAAUGUGGCCACAAAUGUCCAAAGACCUGUCAUAUAUUAGAUUCUGAACAUUUACAAGUCAAAUGUCUUUUACCUUGUCCUCUAGCACCAUGUGAGCGAAAACAUCCUUGCCCACAAAAAUGUUGGGAAGAAUGCAAUCCAUGUAUUGUUCAUGUUCCUAAGACCCUUCCAUGUGGACAUACCCAUGAUGUACAGUGUAGUACUUACAAUGAAAACCACCUCUGUCCAACACGUGUUGAAAAAGUACUCCCUGAUUGUCAACAUAAAGCAUUUAUGCCUUGUCACAUUGACCCUGGUAAAUUUAAGUGCCCUAUACCAUGUGAUAUUCGCCUACCAUGUGGUCAUAUGUGCAAAAGGAAGUGCCAUGUUCAAUAUGAUCCUGAUCAUUUGGAAUACAUGUGUGAUCAGCCUUGUCCACGGUCACUAGAUGGAUGCUGUGGUAACCAUAAAUGUAAAAGACUGUGUUUUGAGGACUGUGGUCUGUGUUAUGUGCCUGCAAAUAAAAAAGCUCCUUGUGGUCAUACAAAUAAAGUGUAUUGUUCUACUCAAGUGGAUGAAAUAAUUUGUGAAAAGAAGUGUAAACGAAUCUUACCAUGUGGACAUCAUUGCCCAAAGUUAUGUAAGGAUCCAUGCGGUGACUGUCGAGUCUCGGUGCCAAAAUCUGUUCCAGAAUGUCAGCACAAAGUACAGGUCGAGUGUGGUAAACCUGCAGAGAAGAAAGACUGCAGUGGAAGAUGCACAAUGGAUUUACCUUGUGGCCAUAAAUGCCAAAUGCGCUGCAAGGAUCCAUGCAGUACCCAGUGCAUGGCUCGUGUCCCGUCAAACUACAAGUGUCCCAGAGGUCAUGUCAUCAAGUUACCAUGCCAUCUUCUUGACAAAGUCACUGAAGAGGAGUCAUCAGUUUACUGUUCAGAGCCUUGUGGUGCUGUGUUAGAUUGUGAUCACCAAUGCAAAGGACAUUGUGGUGCAUGCUUACAAGGUCGUCUCCACAUGGCAUGCAUGGAAAAAUGUGAAAGGCCAUUGGUUUGUGGUCAUAUAUGCAAAGCAGACUGUAGCAGUGCAUGUCCUCCGUGUCAGGCAGCAUGUCCAAUUAAAUGCACUCAUAGCCGCUGUUCUAAGAAAUGUGGUGACCUUUGUAACUUGUGUCAGGAAAAGUGCUGUAGGGCUUGUAAUCAUCAGAAGUGUGGAAAUAUCUGUGGGGAAAAGUGCUCUGGGAAACUUUGUGAGCUACCUUGUCCCAGAAAAUUAAAGUGUGGUCACCCUUGUGUCGGAUACUGUGGGGAUCCUUGCCCUCGCCUUUGUCGCAUCUGUGAUCGAGAAGCACUCACAGAAAUAUUGUUUGGGUCUGAAGACGAGGAAGAUGCCAGAUUUGUUCUGUUAGAAGAUUGUGGACAUGUCAUUGAAGCCACUGGGUUACAAAGCUGGGUCUCGCAAAGCAAUCAUGAAAUAGGAAUGAUAUGUUGCCCACGUUGCAAGAAGCCUAUCUAUAAUAACCGUCGCAAUUUUGAAUUUGUCCUGGAAAGUUACAAGAAUGUAAAUGAAGUGAAACGGCAGUAUUUCAAGAAGGAUCCAAAACAGCAUGCAGAUGAUGUCAAAAAACUCUUAGCAGAUUUAGCAGUGAUAACUGGAGAGGAAAUGAAGAGUGAAGUGGAAAAAAUAAGAAAAGCUCUAUCUCAUGUUAAUACAAAGACUGCAGUAAAAGUUCACCAUGCAGUUAGUGACAAUCAGAUGGUUCUUUACAAAUUCCAGUUCCAAGUGCUUAAGGAAAUCCUUUCUGUACAGAAUAGCAACGAAAAGUAUGUUCCUCUUAUAAGGCCAACAUUAGAUUUCGUGAGAAAGCGUGUGAUGGGGCAGAACAUGCGUAUUGCCCCACAGAUGGUCGAGGAGAUCACUUGUGAGCUUCAACGCCUGACUCUCCUACCUUUGUGCUUGGAUUUAUAUGAAAGAUCUAAGCAAUACAGUCGUCCUGAACUGCAACAGAUAGUAAAUAGCAUCAAAGUCCUUUUGGAUCCAACCAUUAAAUUUGACAAGGAACAAGAAGAAAAAGUCAAAAGAUACCUAAAGGAAAGCGAGAAGUAUGUGGGAGGUCUUGGCAUUACUGAUACAGAGAGGCUGCAGGUCCUAGAAGCCAUGGGGCUGAAACAAGGUCACUGGUUUAAAUGCCCUAAUGGUCAUAUCUAUUGCAUUGGUGACUGUGGAGGAGCCAUGCAAGAAGCAGUUUGUCCUGAAUGCAAAGCUGUAAUUGGAGGGGGUAGUCACGCCCUUAGGACUGAUAAUGCCUUAGCAUCAGAAAUGGAUGGAGCUAUACAGCCUGCAUGGCCUCCCCGUGGGUAAUGCCAGUUGCAAGUAAAAGGUACACAAUCUCCAUUAUCAGACUCUGCUUUGCUGAAUACCAAGUGUCUUAAUACUUAUAAGAAGAAUGGGAAUACAGUUGAUAAAUAGAAUACUAAUAUUUAGUUGUUUUAGUAAAUGUAUGGAACAUCCUUCUUUGCCAAGUUAGAAAUGUCAGUAACCAUUUAAAUCAUUGAGGGCUCACAUAUAGUGGUGCUUUAAUGUCACUUGAAUUUUUAUUGUGAAUUUAAUGACCUUUGGUAGGAUACAAAUCAUAUAAUUUAGUUGUGUGUAAUGUUACAGGAAGAUCAUUAUGACACCCACAAACUGAAAUGCCUUUUCUUAUGUUAUUGAUAAACUGUAACUAAUUUGUAACCUAUGGUGAUCUUUGUUGUAUAAUGUUGACAGGAAGAUUUUUUUGUUUGCUCUAAGUAUUCUAUGUACGUACUAUAUUGUCAGUGAAAUGGAUAAAAUGCUUAUUAAACAGAAUAAGAUUGAUUUUGUACUAUGUAUUUAAGGAAGAUUUUUAAACUUAUUUCACAAGGUUCAAAAAAAAAAAUCUCAAUUGUAAGAAAAUAUUUUUUGGGUUUGAGGGUUUUAUUUUGAUUGUACAUAAACCUCUCUUAAUGUUUGGCACUUGUGUCUAAUGGGUCUACUAAAGAUGUGUGUGGGGAUUUAUACUUUGUAUGUAACAGUAACAAAUAAAUAGAAAUGACCACACUAAGCAGAAAAUGUACCAGUAACAAGAAAAUAGAAAUUACCAUACUAAGCAGAAAGUAAGACUCCCUCUUCUUUAUCAUAUAUUUACAUACUGGAGUCAGGUUUUUUAUAUACGUAUGUGUAGUGUCUUCAGAAAGUAUGCCCGGCUGUACAAUUUCCCCCCCCCCAUCACGUGAUUUGUUCUGUACAUCCGUCUGCACAGUAUGCAUUUCUGUCCACUUUUGUAAUAGUCCAUAAUAUGCAUUAAGCUAUUUUCACAAGGAAAGUGCAUUUAUGGUUAUUGUAUUGUGGAUCAAUGAGGGAGUAUUUUUUUUUUUCUUUAGAUGGAGAUCACAUGAUUGUCAUUCCAUUAAUUUUGAUUUUAAAAACUUAAUACUUCACUGUAGAAGAAAUUAAUGGUUGCUUUAGCAUCUUUUAUAUUUUCUCUGAAAGUUUUAUUUUUUUUGUAAAAAAAUGAAAUUUCAUUCCUUUAAUUUUGAUUUGAAAAAUACACUGCUGCACUGUAGAAGAAGUUAAUGAUUGCUUUAGCAUAUUUUAUAUUUUCUUUUUUUUUGACAUUCCUAAUAAACUACAUAUUUCAACAUGGA